UUAGGGUUCCUUUCUCCACCAUAGCUCUUGGUUAUUCGUGUGUCGGUGGAUCACCCAACUACCAAAUCUACGAGGCUUUUACGUCAUCUUCUAGCCUUAUUCACCUUCAAGCUCUAUACAGCUUGCAGUCUAAUGGCGUGAGAAGCCUUGCGUGAUUUGGAGGUCAGUUGUGCCCGGGAGACCAGCGUAGCCGAUUCAUUCUUCACUGGUCUCAGGGUAAUCGCUGCAGUACACCACACGUUAAAACUGCAGAAGUAGCCGCAGCUUUAGGAGCGCAUUGGCCGGAAGGACCUUAAAUCUCUCAACCAUCAGCUCAUCGUGAAGGCUUGUUACGGCGAUAGGUGGCUUCGUCAGCUCGUUACGACUAGUAGAGUGAAGAAACUCCUCCUGCGAGCUCACGAAUCAGCCUCCUAAGAAGAUCUGGCAAGCUCCUUCUAGCGGAAGCCCGACAACCCAGCACGUUAUGGGUCCCUUGGCCCUACCCUCGUCGGCCGGCAAGCGUUCCUCUAGAUCUAGACGCGAUAAGAGUGUCUUCGCUACCAUCGCUUAUGGUCAGAUUUCCGGUAGAGGUAUCAAGAGCAUCCGCCGUCUUCCUAAGCCGUUGUACCAGAGGCUCUACGCCUUGUCUCAUGGCAUGGCUGGCUUAUGCAAGGAUCUCGAAUCUCAUUUCUUAUCGAACGAUCUCGAAGGGUGCAGGACUGUGAUUGGCCGGAUUUUUCGCAACAUCGGAGAGUCGCCGGGUAACAGCCAGCAGAACAGCCGCGAUUCGUUUGUGCUAUGCGGAGGGGACACCCUCUUCAUUCGCAUUCUCUCCUCGCCGUUCGCGAAUCCUCGCGAAACAGACCGCGAAGGAAGCUCCCGGAGAGUUAGCGAAAGACAGGGCGGCGCAGCUGAAGCGGGAGCGGGAGCGGGAUCUGGCGGAGGGGGACGAGCCGGCGGGGGAGCGCGGAACCGCCGGGGGAUUUUCCGCACGGAGAGCGCGGAGGGGACUCGGGAGGGGGAGACUUCUCGAGAUGCGGGAGAGGGGGAAGCUUCGCGCGAGGAGACGGCGCUGUGGAUGAUGCGCAACGACUGCCUGGCCGUGCUGCGCGAGAUGUGCUUCGCCUCCGCGAGCUUCUCCGAGGGGCUGUCCGUGCAGCGGCAGUUCCUCAUCCGGCUGUUCGCGCUCAUGGAGAAUAAAAUCACCUUCGACUAUGCCGUCGCACUAGCAGAAGAGAUCCUAGCAGUAGGGGAGGAAACCCUCAGCCUGGGGUCGGUGCCCAACUUCGCGCGGCUGGUGCGCGGGCUGUCGUCGCGGCAGCUGUCCUUCUUCUGCCGCGUGCUCGCCAUGGUCGUCUUCGAGCCCGAGGACCGCGCGCCCGAGGUGUCCGCGCUGCAGAAGGGCGCGGACCCGCUGGAGCGCGCGGAGCGGGAGGCGGAGUGGGCGGUGGCGGACAGCAACCACGACGUGCUGCUCGCGAUCCCCGAGAUCCUGCCGAACCUGGUCAAACUGCUGCAGAUGGACAGUGCUGGCGAGGCGGAUCUGUGGUCUCCCAGUCUGAGCGAGUGGCAGCCGCUGCUGGGCGAUCUUAUGGCCGGGGAGGACGAGACUGCUGCGGACUGGGGGCCUGAAGAGGAUGACGAGGAGCAUUAUAACGAGGAUGGCGAGGAGGAAGAAGAGGAGGUGGAGGAGGAGGGGGAGGAGGGGGAGGUGGAGGAUGAGGAGGAGGAGGGGGAGGUAGAGGAGGGGGAGGUGGAGGAGAUUGAUAUGGAGACGGAAGCAGUGGACGGGGAGGAGACUGGAGGGGAAGGGGAGGGGGAGGAUGAGCAGGAAGAGGGGGAAGAGGGGGAGGGAGAGGAGGGGGAGGGGGAGGAGGAGGAGGGAGAGAUGGCAGAUGCGGUUUAUGGGUUCUACGAGGAUGGUGUGGAGGAGAUCGCGGGAGAGGAGCGGGGGGAGGAGGAGGAGGGGGUGGAGGGUGAGGAAGGGGAGGAGGGGGAGGGUGAGGAAGAGGAGGAGGGGGGGAGGAAGGGGAGGGUGAGGAAGCGCGCGGAGGGGGGAGCAGGAGAGGGGGCGAGAGGCAGGGGAGCAGGUUGGGAAGGAUUUGGGGAGGAGGGGAUAGCGGGGAGAGAGCGGGAGGUGGGAGGGAGAGGAGGGAGAGUGGGGGGGGUGGUGCUGCUGCUGGUGCGAUGCAUUUUAUCCAGGGAUUAUUCGGCUGGGGGGGGGACGAUGCUAGUACCAGCGGUGGUAGCAGUGGCGGUGGUGGAGGGGGGAGGGAGGCGGAAGCGCAUGGGAGAGGCGGAAGCGGUACAGGGGGAGGCGCAGCGGGGGGCGCAGGGGGAGGCGGAGGAGACGGGGGAGCGGAAGCCGCUGGAACUGCAGGGCGGCAGGCGGGCAGGGGGAACCUAUGGGGAGGUUUUGGCCUGUUUGGGGGGCUGGGGGGGGCUCGACCGGGGGCAGCAGGCGGAGGGGGAGGCGCAGGGCGGGAGGGAGGAGGGGGAAGAGGAGAAGGAGGAGAGGGUCAGGAUCCUGGACCGGAUAGCGGUGGGGGUGCCGUGCCUGUCAGUGGUGCUGGUGCUGUGGCUGUUAGUCAAAGGCGAGCUGGUGCGCGGACGGAACAUGCCCGUGCUGCUGAUGCUGCUGUACCCGUGGCAGGCGAGGCGCCGGGUGCAACGGGUGAUAGAACCCGGUGGCCGUUCUCCCCGCCUCCGCCUCCCCCCUUCCUCCUCCCCCCCGCCUGCCGCCCCUGCUGCCUCCCUCCCCCCAUGCCGCCGUCCUCCCCUUUGCCCAUCCGACCAUCCUCACAGGAACCUCCACGUCCCCCCCUAGACCUCCCGCCAACCGCACUCCACCCACUGCUACUCCCCCGCCAGCUCUCCCCAAUACCAACACUCUCGGCGUCCCAAUGACCCCGAAUCUGCUGAACAUGCUCCCAACCGCCACUCCCGCCAACCCCCCCACUGCUGCAACCCCCGCGGAGCCUGUAGCACCGGGCAUUCCCGCAGGCGCAAGGGUGAUGGUAUUUGUGGGGAACCCGCCUAGGCUGCUAGGGGAGGUGCCUGAGGGGGAGUUGGAGCCGUUUCUGCGUGCCCUGCCGCAGGGCGCGGUUACUGUGCUCAGGGCUGGCGAAAUCGGGUUACCAGAGGGCGCGGGGCCUGCUGCUGUGGCGACGAACAUGGCAGCCUCGUUCCUGGAACAGCAGG